CGCUCACUGUAGGCUAGAGCAGUGUUAGUGUCUGUGUAUGACUGGUAACAGGUGUAUAGUAACACAGGUAUGUGUCUUUAACAAGACACAAUGAACGCAGGGCCGUCAUAGUUUUAUUGAAACAAGACUACGUUGCUUUCACCGAGGACUUCGUACUUCUCAUAGGAAUAAGUAAUCAUACGGAAAACAGACAAUGGCAGACAAUACACCAACGUCUCAGAUUACAUCGAUCAAGGAAAAGUUCGAGGAAACUAAGCCCGUGAGAUCAGGAACCUCAGCAACGGCCUAUGCCACCCGGAAGACAGUGGCGCAAGGCAUGCUAGACUUUGCACUUCUAAUGGCGAACGCAUCACAGAUGAAGGCCUUGGUGAAGUCCAAAUCUGUCUCCCAUGACGCCAUGUUCGUUGUUCUUCUGUUCCUCAUCGCUGUAUCCAUAAUACUACAGAUCAUAACUGGCAUCAUCAUCGCCGUCCUUGGAGCUAUGGACGUGCAUGACGAGGCCGCACACCUCCGGGCACAUCGACUCAAUAACACCACUGUGGGACUGAUACUUGGGAUAACUGUCAUCAAUGUGUUUGUAGCGGCAUUCGGUAUGGAUUUAUGAAUCGCUGGGUCUGCAACUAUGACAUUCCAAAUGUGCUGAGAAUCUGUGGAACCGAUUAUUGUUAUUACAAAAUCUAUGUGUGUGCACCUGACACAUUCAUAUACAAAAUGGACAAUGAUUCUUUUAAAGAUCACGUUUAGACACUGGCACUUGAACAUUGCGUUAUGAUUUACAAAAAUUUAAUCUAUUUUAUCAAGUAAACUAUGUGACUACAAAAAUACAUUUCAAAUAGAGUAUGGAUCUUGAAGAAAGCACACACACACACACACACACACACACACACACACACACACACACACACACACACACACACACACACACACACACAC